CAACAAAUCUCUCAUAAUGCUCCAAGCUUUUCUCUCGAGCAAAACUCACGCCCCUCUUUAUCUCAGAACUCCGCACUUUCCUUUCAAGUCCUCAGUCAUUUCUUUUUAUUAAAAUCAAAAUGAACCCGAAUAUUCUCUUCAUCCUCCCCAAUCCAAUUUUGCCCUCUUCCAAGUUUCCCCCAGCCUACGCAUCUCUUGUUUUCUUCCCUAAUCCAAGAGAGUAGCCACGGCAGCAGUAGAAAAGCAACGCCUCACCCUCUCAUCUGGAAAGUUAUAGAGGAUAUUUAGCUUCCUCAAUUUUAAAUAUCAGAGGGUGGAGUGGUCAUCGAUGGGUGUUUUAUUUGUAGUUUGAAGCAAUAUCACUUUCUUCAAAGUUCUCCAAAGUAUUGAACAGUAGGAUCGAUAAUUUUGUUUCGUUUUAAUGGGGAAAGUAAAGAAUGUUAAAUUUCAUGAGGAAGUAGCUGAUGUGUUGCAGGAUUUAAGGUUUGAUAGGGCUUUGAAGAAAAAAUGCAGUAUUAACAAAUAUUUGAAUGAAACUGACAUGGAAGAAGAUAUGAUAGAUUCGGAUUAUGAAAGGUUUUUCAGUAGUUUAGAACCUGACUAUGAUAUCUUUAUGGAGAAUUUAGAAGAGGAUGGGAUACAGGAAUUAUUCUCAAUUGAACUUCCAUCUACUUCUGGUGCCUGGGAAAUAAUCAGUAACGAAGAACAGGAAGAAGGGCCAUUUCAGAAUGGGGAAAGAAAGAGAAAUCUAAAGAAUGAUUGGAGAAAAGGAAAGGCUGGGGUUCGUCAGAAUUUGGGUGGUUUUUUGAGGAGAGCAAAGACUAAGACGCCUAGAUCUGCGAAUAAAUCUUUGGAGAUUGGAACUGAGAGAAGUAAGAAUAGAGUAAGAAAGAGUCCAGUUGAUGAGAGCAAAGUAAAUGGGGAAGCUGUUCGUUGUAAAUCAAGUAGAGCACCUUCUAAGAAGAUGAAUUGUGAUAUGAUAGAUGAAAGUUUUCAAGUGUUUCUGGAUUCUGGAUUCAAUGAAAGUGAUGACACAAAUAUACAUGGGAAUGAUGAUGAAAGUUCUGAUUUGGAGAUACUUGCGGUGGAUAACAUUCCUUUUCAUGAAGGAAAUUAUACACCGUUUGUACCAUCAAAAUGCUAUCAAUCAUUGGAUGGUGAAGAGAGUUGGGAUGGCAUCAGAACUUCUAGUCAGUCUCAAUUUAGGGAGAAGCUUAUGGAUCUUCUUAAAAAUCCUUGUGACCCAAAUGAGUUUGAAAAUCUUUGGCGAGAAGUAACUUGCAGAAAACCUGUUCAGGGUGCUAAAGUGUUACGUUAUGGACGAAUGAAAUCAUAUUCAACCAAAACUAACGGAAAAUCAUACCUUGAUUGGUACAAAGAACUAGGAAUGAAAAUUGAUGAAUUCAGGCAUGAUCGACGUAAAAUUUUAUUUCUCUUACGUGGAUUUUUCUUUUGGUUGAAGGUGAGUGUUUUAUAUCAUUGGUGUAUCCUAGCAGAGAUUAUGACACCUAUGUCUCAAAUGGCUGCUUGGUGCGAAUGGAAUAAACUAGUGUUUUCUCUUUUUGAGCAAAUCUUCUAAAUGUAUAGCUGUGAAUAUUUUGUCAGAAUACUGCUCAUGAAGGUGCAUUUCAGCCUUGGUUGGACGCAUUAUAUUUGAAUGCUUUGGGAUGACCAGAGAUUUUUUCUGAGUUGAGAUCAAUAUAUCUAAAUAUUAUAAAGCAAAUGUUGACAGAUGCAGCUGUAGCAUUGGGCACACAUGUAUAAGACCUCACUUGCAAAGAUUUUGACAGGUAAUGAAUGUAUGUAUCAAGUUUCUCUGCUGAAGAUUUUAAGUUUUGGUGGCCAAAGAUUUUAAUCUUGAUGCAACAUUGUGAAUUGUGAUGCUUUUUAAACUGAUACUAAAUAUGUGGCCAUCUUUCUAUGCUCUUUUGCUAGCCAUUUUGUGAGAAUCAUAUCAAUGUACAUCUUGAAACUGGCCAUCAUUGUUAUUCAAUAGAAUGCGGGGCUUCCCCAUGCUGAAGUUCAGUACCUUGGCAUUCAUGUUGUAUUUAAUUUCUCCAUCAUAUGGUAGCUUCCUGAUCUUGACUGACUUGAAUGCAAUGCCAAUACUUAAUAGUUUCUAUUUAGCAUUUACAGAACUCAAUCAGAACAUUAAAAAGAAAAGUGGGUUACCUCAUAGUGAUCCACAAGCUCUUGGAAGUAUGAAUAAAACUUUGGUGCAAGUUUCAGGAGUCCAGAUGAACUCAUCAGCGGGGUCAAGUAUAAGGGUGAGUUUAUCCGUUUGUGUUUGAUCGAGGUCAGAGGUCUCCGAUCAAUGUAGGCAGCAUAGAUUCUGACAUGCUGUGUGACGCCACUGAGCCACUGCCCUCCAUAUUCUGUGUCAUGUUUUUGCUCUUCACAUUGGGUUGUGGUUUCACUGGCCUUGGUUGUGUAGGUUGUGGCUUCACCUUUUCUUACUCUUCUUGCACUUUUGCAUCUUGUGUUUCUUGUGCAUCACCUACUUUAGCUUGCCGCUGAGCUGAAACUGAAACUACCCUUCUCUUCCUCAAAUCUGUCUUUCCUCAACGUGGAGAAUUUAGUGCAAGCCAUGUAAGAGGAAGUUGCGGCCAUGUU